GGAGACAAGAGCCUUUCUGAUGGUCCUGCUGUGCUGCACCUGACCCUAUGAAAGGAGGGUUCACCGUAGCUCUGUCCUUUGCGCUCCAGCCCCACAAGAUGGGCUCGUUCAGAAGGCCCCGGCCUCGCUUCAUGAGCUCCCCUGUCCUCAGCGAUCUGCCUCGCUUCCAGGCAGCCCGGCAGGCCAUGCAGCUCAGCUCCAACUCUGCCUGGAACAGCGUACAAACAGCAGUGAUAAAUGUGUUCAAAGGGGGAGGCUUGCAGAACAAUGAACUUUACACCCUCAAUGAAAAUAUCAGACGGCUGCUGAAGAGUGAACUUGGAUCCUUCAUCACAGAUUACUUUCAGAACCAGCUCCUUGCGAAAGGCUUGCUGUUUAUGGAGGAGAAGGUCAAGCUGUGUGAAGGUGAGGAUCGCAUUGAUGUCCUGUCUGAAAUCUGGGAUCACUAUUUUACAGAGACUCUUCCUACACUCCAGGCAAUAUUCUACCCAGUCCAGGGUCAGGAGUUGACUAUCCGUCAGAUUGCUCUUCUUGGCUUCAGAGACUUGGUCUUGCUAAAAGUAAAGUUGGAAGAAAUCCUUCCCCUGGUCCAGACAAAGGUUCCAGCUUCCAUUGUCCAGAUGCUGUUAAUUCUGCAGAGUGUCCAUGAGCCUACUGGCCCUACUGAGGGCUAUCUACAGCUGGAAGAGCUGGUCAAGCAGGUGGUAUCACCAUUCCUAGGUUUUUGUGAGGAUCACAGCUCCUCUGGUAGCACCUGCUUGCUUGAGAGAAGGUACUCCAGAUCCUGCCCUAAGGCCUUGACCCCACUGACGGAGCAGGAGGGCGAGGCUUACCUGGAGAAGUGCGGGAGCAUCCGUCGGCACACGGUGGCCAACGCUCACUCGGACCUCCAGCUGCUGGCCAUGGCCUCCAUGAUGCACACGGGCAUGGUGGUGGAGGAGCAGGACACUCCUGACAAGUGCCUGCUGCUGCAGCCCAGCUGCUUCGGGCACCGGCAGUGCUCCAGCGAGCCCAGCAUCGCCGACGGCCCCGAGGCAGCUGCGCCUGCAGCCGGCAGGCAGGACCCUGCUGAGCUCAACUGCACCUCUGUCUGCUAGGAGGAGGCUGCCUGAGGGUGGAGAACUGCGUGCACCACGCUGGACAAAGGGCUGUGUCGUCCCUGCUGGGGAAA